UGAAUAGUAGCUCACCAAUUCAAAUCUUUCACAGGCUCUCUGCCUGCUUUCUACCUCCUUUACUUUUGAAGAUUGUUCUUCAUUAAAGAUGAAUUACAGACAGAAAAAAUCCGGGGUUUUUAUUUCCCUACUCCUGUGCAUCGCAGUGAUGCCUAUGUUUUUCAGUCCUUCAUGGAAUUUAUCUGUUUACUCCUUUGGGCCCUGGAAGUCGAGCUUUUGUUCCUGUCUCAAAUGUAUAAGAGAUGGUGAUCCUUGGUUUAGGGAACAGAUUGAUGCAUCUCCUGAACCCUUUUUGCCAAGAAAACACAGCAUCUCAGAGAAUGAUUUCCUCUGGUGGAAGAAAAUAAAGCAGGAAAAAUACGACUUCGCUUUCUUCAAUGCAACAGUAGACAAGGUGUUUGAGAUGCUACCGAUCAUUUCAGAAGAUGUAGAACCCAGGCCUGAUCGCUGCAGGAUUUGUGCUGUAGUGGGGAAUUCUGGUAAUUUGAAUGGAUCACGUUAUGGACCUCUGAUUGAUUUGCAUGAUUUCGUAAUAAGAAUGAACUAUGGGCCGACCAGAGGCUUUGAAGUGGAUGUUGGUACCAAAACAACUCAUCGUGUCAUGUAUCCAGAGACUGCUAGCUUAUUGGACCACACCACUCACCUUGUGUUUUUUCCAUUCAAGAUGGAGGAUUUUUUGUGGCUCCUUGAGAACGUUGGAGAAAAUGGUGAUUUAAACAAACAGAGCCUAGCCAACAAGAAUUUGGUGAUGAUCCUCAAUCCGGCUUUCAUGAAACACAUUCAUCAAGUUUGGUUACUAAAGAAGGGUGCUUAUCCAUCUACUGGCUUCAUGGCUUUGGCUUUGAGCUUGAUGAUUUGUGAUGAGGUCAGCGUCUUUGGGUUUGGAGCAGACAGCAAUGGAAACUGGGGCCAUUACUUUGAAAAAAUCAAAGAGCAAAAUUUUGGAACUGGAUAUCAUCCAGGAACAUAUGAAUAUAAUCUUAUUCAGCAGCUACACAAAAUACAGAAAAUCACAUUGUAUAAAGGACAUUAAUUUUUUUCCUUUGUUUCCCCUUCCUCUUUUUUAAAUCCAAUGUUUACAGUACAGCUUAAUUCAUUGUUAACAUAAUUUAUUUUGUGCUUCAGUGUUUUUAUCUUUAGAGGAGUCAUCAGAUUUCUUUUUAUAAAAUUGAUUCUCAUGGUGUGUUUUUAUAUAUUCAAAGACAAGGUCUUCAGGUUUACUAGUGCUUCUAAAUCAUAGAUGUUAAUGUGAGUGUGAAAAGUUGUCUGUCCUAAGACUAGGGUGUACCUUCUUCCAGUGACAGUGGAAAUAGCAUUGAGCUUCCUCUCCUCUACACCCAACUACAUAAGAGCUGAAGACGAUGGAUAGAUGGAUAAGUGUUUCUUUUGAGUAGGCAUCAAGAUUAUGAUAGUUAGCUAAAAGUAAACUGAAAACUACUAGUUGUAAUAAGAAAAUAUUCUUAAAUUCUCUAUUGCCCUUCCACACUUUUUAAGCAGCCUAGUGUUGAUCCACUAAUUAUUCUUUAAAUCAGACUUAAUCCGCUUUUAAUUACAAAGAAUGUAUUUCAUUUUUGCACAUACAAGCUGUGUGGUAAUCAUUAUUAGGAUGUUGAAAAGGUGGUGCAGAAAGCUGGUCAGAAGAAAAAAACAAAAAUAAACAGCUGAUGAUGGACAGAUGCAACAAUAUCGAUUGUUACUACCUUGUGCAAUAAAGAGUAUGUAAGUUGUAUCACAAGA